GCCAAAAAGGGGGGAAGGGGAAUACUGAUUAAGGGGGAGGUGGUCGUGGAGAGUGAGUGAGUGAAAUGCACGUAGGAUGUGUUGGGCUUCAGACUUUCUUUUUUCAAUCUGCAAGUGCUCGACUCUAAACCCUGCCCACACAUUUGCUGGCUCCUUGCCUAAUAAGCCCCGUCAGCUGAUACUGUAAAGUCACAGAGUAUAAACUACAAGAAAAUCGGGCUGACCGUAGGGCCAGUAGAGUCCGGGAGUCCGUCGUAAGGUGUCUGCGCCGUUUGGAAUACAAUGGUCCUUAACUUAUAACACAAGAACAAAGAUCAAAGAUACCAAGCCAAGUAAUGGAGACAAGUGGCCUUGAAGAAAUGGCUGCCUUCCUGGAGCUCACCACCUCUACGUGGUCAUUAAAUGGCAGUCUUGAGGAAAAUAAGAGCUGUCGCUUCAAUGAAGAGUUUAAAUAUAUUCUCUUGCCAGUCUCUUAUGGAGUUGUGUGUGUGUUGGGACUUUUGCUGAAUUUUGUGGCGUUGUGGAUGUUCCUCUUCAAGAUGCGACCUUGGAAUGCCAGCACAGUGUAUAUGUUUCACUUGGCUGUUUCUGAUACACUUUAUGUCCUGUCACUACCUACUCUUAUUUAUUAUUAUGCCAAAAGGAAUCACUGGCCAUUUGGAGAAGCAUUAUGCAAGAUUGUGCGCUUCUUAUUCUAUGCUAAUCUGUAUUCCAGCAUCCUUUUCCUUACUUGUAUUAGUGUACAUCGCUAUCUAGGAAUCUGCCAUCCAAUCAGCUCUCGAAAGUGGGUCAAGGUGCGUUACGCUCAUGUGGUCUGCUUCCUCGUCUGGACUGUGGUGGUGAUUUGCCUUAUUCCCAAUUUAGUCUUUGUCACAAUAAGUUCUCGGGACAAUGACACACUAUGCCAUGAUACUACAAAACCAGAGGAUUUUGACCAAUAUGUUUACUAUAGCUCAGCUGUCAUGACUCUUCUCUUUGGAGUUCCAUUUCUGGUUAUUAUGGUUUGUUAUUGCCUAAUGGCACAUGCAUUGUGUCGGCCCCAGAAAAUUGCAUCAUCAAGCACAAUGCGCAAUGGGAAAUUUGGAAACUCUAGAAGAAAAUCAGUCAGGUUGAUUAUAGUUGUGCUGGUGGUGUUUGCUUUAUGCUUUGUGCCUUUUCACAUUACCCGGACCCUCUAUUACACAUUUCGCUUUAUAGAUGCAGAAUGUAAAGUGCUCAAUGUGAUUAACUUUACUUAUAAGAUUACUAGACCCCUUGCAAGUGUAAACAGCUGUAUUGAUCCCAUAUUGUAUUUCAUGGCUGGGGAUCAUUACCGCAAAAAGCUGAUACGGGCCCUAAACAGAGUUCCGAAGAACAAACAUUCCUCCACAGCAACUCUAGUGCCAAAAAAGUUUGAGAACCAUGGACUAUCAACAAUCUAUAAUAACCACAUCAUUAAUUAAGAAAGGAAGAAAUAUAGACAAGCAAUGAACAAUCCUAUUUUAUUGGAAAUGGCACAGAGCUGUUUCAUAAGGUAAUGCCUACACGUUGGAGGACGCAGAAGUGGUAUAGUGCUCCAUUCUGUAUUGCAGCUCUGAGUGUAGCCCACCACAACUGUCCGGGCUUCUCCUGUGCAGUGGAGAGGUGCGAUGGAGCAAGGAAUGCCUUUUAAAAAAGAUAUGGGCCUAAAUGUUUGAAAGUAAUACUUCUCACUAAAGUAACUGGUGCUCAGGAAAAACACCCAUUUAAAGGAGGCAAGGAAGCUCAAGUACAGAUUUGUAAAUGUUGUUUUUAUAAUUUUAUAGCGGAGGCCAGUACGAAUUGUUUUUAUUAGUACUGAAGCCAAUCAGAGUGCUCCUUGCUAAACUGUUCUAUUGAGGUUAGGUUUUUGGGGGCCUGGGAUUUUUAUUUUUUUAUUUUUUUAUUUUAAUGGCUCUCUGCUACCAAGUAUAUUUUAAUGAUUGUCAAGCCCUGGAUACUACUUGAACAUAGGUCCUAAGACACUGAAGAAAUGGAGCAGCAAAUCUUGGACAUGCUUUCCUCCAUUAUGUCUGUUGUAGUAAGUGGUUUUAAAUUAGUCUUAAAGGUAUACAGCACAUAAUUUGACUGAGCACUAUUUACAGAACUCCAGAAUGAGGCAGUUCUGUUUCACUUUAGUCUCAUUGGGAUGAACAACCAAAGGACAACAUGUACUAAGUUAUGCUUGAGGCUACAAAGCAACAGUGUGCUGCUCUGAUCGGAUCAGCUUUUGCACCUGUGGAAUUUAAAAUAUUAAUGUUUAUUAUGGACACUGAAUUUAAUACAAACAUUUAGCCUUAUCCAGUGUGCAAUAUAAAAUCUGUUUUAAUAUCCCAAUUAUAAAACUAGGACUAACCCUUCUGUGUGCCAUUCAUUUAAUUUGUGAAGAACUCUACUCCAAAAUGUGUCUUAAGUGGUGGAAAAAGACUGCUAAUAGCCAAGGUCACCAAGAUCUCAAAUCUUUUGUGAAUUUGCAAAUUUAAGUUAUAGAGUGGUGCAUAAAUAUUACCACAGUAAAUGUAUUAUGGUCAUAUAGUCAAAGGCAGGAGGCCAUUGUGGGUGAAAUAAAUGUGUUGCUGACCCUGGAGGACAGCAACCUUUUCUGUGUUGUUCCCUAUUGGAAGGCGAAAGUAAAUGUUACAUUUGUAAGCCACCCUUUGCAGAUAAUGGAUAUAUCCUCUUAAUCACUUUUAAGGCAUCAUCAGUCCAGCCUCUAAAGCAAUCAUAUUAUGAUACAGCCAUUGGUAUUAUAUUUGUGUUAAAGCAGUGAGAAACUGAAGUUUAAUCCCACUAUGGUUCUUUAGCAUUCUCCAAUCCCUUCUCUGUGUGAAUAUAUUUUGAGAUUUUGUGUACAUUUUAUAAUGAUUACACUAGUCAUUUGAAAAUAACAUUGCAAAAUAUAAAAUGGUUUACCAGUA